CCUCUCUCUGGCGACAGCAGGCGCUCCAGUUCAUUCCCGUGUCCAAGUUCAUCCUGAGAACACCGGGCGCGGGUUCCGGGAGUUUGCAGUACGCGCGUGUCGUACCCCGUAUGUCGUACACCCAAUUCUAUCGCACGAUCGACUCGAGCGAUAAUCGUGGAAAUUAAUCGGACACCAAGGACAAUACACCUUCGUAGAUAUUUGAUGAGUUCGGAUUGGAAAGACGAUUUGAAAGUACCAUCUGGACGCGACGGGGGUUGAAGUUAUCUCGUCGGUGACUGUAACGAGUGCUGUGACCUUGGAGUAAGCGGUUACAUGCGACGGAAACAUGUUUGCAUGCAUGAAUCGUAAUAACGUGAAUAACCUUGGAAGAAAUUUCGAGGAUUAAUCAACGAUACGUGUAUCGACGUGAGAUCGUGGUGUUGUUGUAAUUCGAACCGAAUUCGAAUGGGAUGUGUGAUUUGUUGAGAUGACAAAUUUAGGGAGACCACAAAUCCGCCAACUGAUCGGAAAAUUUAUGAAACAUAAAAUGGCUGGUCGGAACUUCGAGUCUUAAUUGAUUCAGAAAAUUAGUUCUGAUAUCGAUUCAAUGAAUUCGUUAUACGAUAAUUAGAUUCACGCUUCAUCUACCGAAGUAACACGUACCUUUUCAUGAAAUUUCGUUACUGUACUACGAUGACGUUGUCGAAGAAAAUUAAAUUAACGCGCCUAGUCGGAGCGCAAACUGUGGAGGAAUAGAGGAUAGAGGAAAAAAAAUUUUCAACAAAUUCGAUGCUAUCCGUGAUACAGUGUGAUAAGAGUUAACUCGAUAACAUUGAAAAAUUUGAAUCAAGAGAAAACUUUAAUUGACACGAGCCGAAAGAAAUAAAUUACAUCGAAGGGGUUUAUUUGCGCGGUUCGAUCGAUUAUCAUUUAUUUUUCCAAUUAAAACUAACCCACCCUUCAAAAGCCAUCCUUGUAACAUACUUUAAUUUCCACUUAUCUCUCAAUAUUACCGUGAAUCGAAUCGGGAGAUUAGAAUUUCUCCACAACGCGGAUUCAUUCCGGAAAUUGGAAUGCCAAGGGUUAAUAGUGUGCUGCUGAAGAAUUACCAGCGUCGAAAACUAAUAUAGGAAAAGAAGAAAAAGUCAUACCGAGGAAUUGCUAAUUUCACAUCGUUGACGUAAAGAAAAUACUCAAAUAAACUCGUCUGUGUGUGUGUGACCAAUGUAUAAAAAAAAAUUGAUAAAAAUGAAAGAAUAAAAAUUAAAUAAUCACAGUGUAAUGUGCUCACCUUUAUCAUGCCGCAAGGAGCCGUCAGAGUAAGUGAUUACUUCAUUAGCACCUAGUGACAAUGUGCCACUAGGGAAGGAACGACAGCGAUUACAGCUGCUCCGGCUGUUUCAGAGGUCGUAAAGUGCAGUGCAGUUACGUUUCCGGUGAUAGCGCGGAUGACGUACAUAAUUAUAAUUCGCCCUCACGAAUCACCGUUCCAAUUCCCUCGGAAAAAAAAUAAAUAACGGACGACAACGGAACUGAAAUUCCGAAUCAAUUAAAACGCAAUCGAUAAAUCAAAGUUACAUAACGUAGAACGAAUCCCGAUCGAAUUGAGUCGUCCGGCGAACGUUGCCGUCACCUCGAAGAUAUUGUCCGUAGUGUUUCGUUGCAGAGCCUCCUAAAAUCCCGGGAGAACUAACUCGCGUCCUUUACAGUUAAUGUUAGUGAGUUUGAGACGGCGACCGAGCCGAUUCUGCGGGGAUAACGUCAGCGUAGACGCUUCGGGGAAUUAGAAGGGACCUUAUUAAGACCAAUUGCUCACUAAAUGGGGGACGGUAGUAACGCCAUUGCGUAUCCAGUUUCUCGACCUUCUCGCACGAGAAAAUCCUUUCCGAGAUCCACAAAUUUCUGAUCUCCUAUACGGUAUCAAUCGCGCGUCGUCCUUCAACUCUUUCGUCGGAGUGCAAAGAUCGGUGUAAUAUAGGCUUGUCUCUCAGCUUCGGGUGAUCGUCGAGACGGAUCGGGUAUCGCAUAGGGAUUCCGAUAACUCGUCGGAUGACGAUUCGAUUCUCCAUUAACAGCGACCUUGAUUAUCGAAUUCUAUUUUGUCCGUCUUGGACAAAUUACGAGGUCAACCGACGAGAAUAUUAAAUACUCGUGACGAAAGAGGAGCUGAUAUAACUCCAGAAAUCGUUCGGAGAAUGAAUACUCGAAGCUACUUCAACAACGACUCGCGUGUUCGGUCUUAUUUAGGAUCGAGUUGAGAGAAAAAAAAGGUAGUAAAAAGGAGAAGGAAAGAGGAGAAGGGAAUUUGAUGGGAUCGACAAAGCUGAUAUGUGUAUGAACUUGGAAUAAACUAGCGAGGAAUAAAAAGAGAAGAUUUAAACGAGGUACGUUGUAAAGUGCGGUUUAACGAGUCGUAAGAAAUAUUUCAAAAGUUUCACGGACGUAAAAAGCCUUAACGGUUAUAAUAAAAAUAAUGAAAACAUUCGAGGUAUAGUAAUCCAAGAUUAAUUAGUCUAAUCUCGAGUCGUCGAGUUUCGUCGAUCGAUUUUCAAGUCCAACGAACGAACGUUGGCUCCAAAAUGGAACUUUUGAUCAUCCUCGUCUGCCUGAUCACACCUCCGACUCUAUCCCUUUCGAUAAAGACCAAACUAAACCAGAGAAUAGUGCAAACGAGAUACGGUCGCAUCCAGGGAUUUAUCCAGUCUUUUGAACCGCUGAAAUUUCUAAAACCCAUCGAAGUAUACCUCGGCAUACCCUACGCAACCCCACCUGUUGGAGGUAACAGAUUCUCACCCACCAGAGCACCGAGUCCUUGGGACGGAAUCAGAUUAUCAGACUCCGUCGGUCCGGUUUGCCCCCAGAAACUCCCCGAUAUAACGAAUGAGCAGGAAGCGUUGGAAAAGAUGCCGAAAGGAAGAGUGGAAUACUUGAGGAGAUUACUACCCUAUCUUCGUAAUCAGAGCGAAGAUUGCCUCUAUCUAAAUAUUUACGCUCCGGCAAUGGGGCCGGGGUUCGCUGACGGCGGUCGGAGGCAUCCGGUAUUCCUCUACAUCCACGGUGAGAGCUAUGAUUUCGGGAGUGGCAACCCUUACGACGGUAGCGUAUUGGCCAGUUACGCGGAUCAGGUGGUGGUGACGAUAAAUUACCGUCUUGGCGUCCUCGGAUUUUUGAACGCCAACGUUGUUCCGCACCUGAAAGCGAGGGUCGCGAAUUACGGUCUGAUGGACCAAAUCGCCGCCCUGCAUUGGGUGCAGCAACACAUAGAGCUGUUCGGCGGUGACCCCGGAAACGUCACUUUGGUUGGACACGGAACCGGCGCGGCGUGCGUCAACUUUUUGGCCAUCAGUCCCACCGUGAUGCCGGGUCUCUUCAAUCGAGCGAUUCUUCUUUCCGGAAGUGCGCUUUCCUCCUGGGCGGUCGUCGAAGAUCCGGUCUCCUACGCUCUGAAGCUAGCUAGAGCCUGCAACUGUUCGAUACCCGAAGACCUGGCAAAGGACAACGAGCUGAUCGUCGACUGUCUACGUCAGGCUAGCCUCGAGGAUCUUCUGCAAAUUGAUAUCCAGGCACCGACGUUUCUGAGUGCCUUUGGACCGAGCGUCGACGGCGUCGUCAUAAAAGCCGAUUUUCAAAAAGACUUGCUAUCCUAUUUGGGCCCUGAAUUCCAAGGAUUCGGACAAAAGCUAAAAAGGACAGACCACGGGGCACCCAUAACUAGCAACAGCAAGUACGACCUCUUGUUCGGGGUCACGACCAGCGAGGCACUCUGGAGUUUCGCCGAAAAGGAUGUCCAGCAGGGUUUCGAGGGUGAGAAGAGAGACAGGAUCAUAAGGACCUACGUACGAAACGCGUACACCUACCAUCUGACGGAGAUAUUCUACACGGUCGUUAACGAGUAUACGGACUGGGAACGGACGGUUCAGCAUCCGAUGAACACAAGGGAUGCUUGCGUCCAAGCUCUAAGCGACGCCCAAUUCGUAGCACCGCUCGUACAAACCGGUGACCUUUUCACUCUGAGGCAUCUCAAGAAACCGAACAACCCGCACGUCGCCGCCGUCCCGGAAACCGAGAAGGAACCCAUGCCUAAGACCUACUUUUACGUAUUCGACUAUCAACCCAAGGACGGCGAAUAUCCCCAAAGAAUGGGUUCGGUGCACGGUGACGAAUUGCCGUACGUUUUCGGGGCUCCGCUCGUCGAGGGUUUUGGACAUUUUCCACGGAACUACACGAAAGCGGAAUUCGCUUUGUCGGAGAGCAUCAUUCUGUACUUCGCAAACUUCGUGAAAGCUGGAAAUCCCAACGCCAACGAGCAUCACGGAAGAGGAGACAAAGCGUCACUUGCCAACAAAGAGAGAAGCAAAUAUCGUGGUCUGAUUUGGGAUCAAUAUGAUCCGGUGCAUCAGAAAUACCUCGAAAUUGGAAUGAAGCCGAAGAUGAAAAAUCACUACAGAGCUCAUCAGCUCUCGGUUUGGCUGAGACUGGUGCCGGAACUUCAUCGUGCAGGAAUGGAAGACGUGGAGCCGAAACAUAACUUGUUCAGAAGUCACGCCGAUCCGGCCCUUUACGAUGGUUCGGUAAGGCCCGAUCCCCUGAGCAGGAUAAGCGAAGAAUUCCGCCGCAUUAAUUCCACCACGGAAUCCCCGACGACGACCGAUUUCAGCAUCACGGCCUGCGUCAGUCUCAUUCAAAGCACAAAUUCACAGAACAUGAACAACGCGAGCACGGACACCUUGGCCAGCUUGGACGCCGCGGGAUACGCGGCGUACUCCACAGCUUUGAGCGUCACCAUUGCGAUAGGUUGCAGUUUGCUCAUACUCAACGUCCUCAUUUUCGCCGGCGUUUACUAUCAAAGGGACAAGACACGACUCGAGGUCAAGAGUCUCCAGCAGCAGCAAAUGAUCAAUCAACAAUGCGGGCCAAGGAGCUUCAACGAAUUGAAGCAACCUCCGCCGCCCCACUCUCAUUUCCCGGGAAGUGGACAAGUCAUUGUUGACGUCGAGAACGAAAUGCUUAGAAGGAACGCAAUGAAAGCACCCCCCAGCAGUCCGAAUUCACAACUUCUUCAACAGGGUCAAGCCACCCACACUUUACCGCAUCAACAUCAUUACCAGAAGCAACACCAGCACCAGCAUCAUCAACAGCAGCACUCCACGUUGCCUCGGGCAGCCGUCAUACAAGAGAUAAACAUAAAUACUCAAAUGCAGGGUCCUCCGAACGGUUCGAUCCACUUGUCGAUCCCUCGAGCGCCUCCUCCGCCGAGAGCGAGAAGUCCUCCCGAAAGUCAACCACUUUUACAGGGCGCGACGGUAUCCAGCCGGGUACCUCAAACUGCGAUGAGUGAGAUGCGAGUCUGAUGUAUGGAACCUCCUCCGAAGCCAGUUGUUCCGGAUGUCCUGACCGCGUCAACCCUUUUAUAGUAGAGAAAAAAAUGAAUGAAUAUCGACAAAAAUUUUUUUUCCAAAUGAAGGGAAUCAGAUGCAACAUCAAGGCGUCUCGCAGGUAUAUAUCAGGAAUAUCAUACCGCUGUACUCGGGAGGAGGAUUUUACGGUUAUCCGUUAUUCUUACGCGGUUUCACCGACCGCUGAUUGGAUUGGUCUGCACAAACGACUGAAGAAUUACGUUAUUCUUGAGACACUUCGCAACAUUCGGGAUGAGAAAUAAUAUGGGGGAAAAAACGGCAGUGCCGUCGCUGUGGAAGGGGAUUGAAAAAUUAUCGCAAAAAACAGGAGAACGGUGAAACAAAAAAUUUACGACGUAACAGUGGAAACGAGUGCCCCGAAGUUCCAUAGACGAUUAUUUCCGUUUUUUAAUAGAAUCGGAGACAAAGGAACGGAUCAUAAAAUUCACGAGAUGGAGGAGGUCGAACGAUUAUGCGAAAUUAUCUAAAUGAGACUGAACCGCAAAGAAAAAACUUGAAAAAAAAAAAAAUAAUAAUUAAAUGAUUAAAUAAGUAAAUAAAUAAAAUUAAUUGAUCGAUAAAUAAAUUAUGGAUAAAUGAGUAACGAAACGAUUCACGAUUAAAUACGGUUGGAUACGGAAAUGCGAUACCGUGUAGGAAUGUUAGCAUAAUUCAAUUAGAUGUUCCUUGUGAAUAAAGACUUUAAGUAUAGUAUACAUAUGUAUGAUAUAAAUUGCCAAAACUAAUGAAAUAAGAUAAUUGAUCGAUUAAUCGAUUGAUCGAAUAUUUGAUCAAAUUAUAAUUAAUUAGUCAUUUAUUUGAUCAAGGAAUAACUCAGACAUGAUUAUUUCAGGCAAACCAACGGAAAUCCAUCUGUUCUUAUCGGGUUAUUGGGUGUCUUUUUUUCUUUCACAUAUUUUCACGAGGAUUCAUUUUUCUCAUCUAUCGCUGCUGCUGUAAAAGAAUUCACAACAGAAAGAAAUCCUUGAUUAGAGAAACGUAUACUACGCGUAGCCGUAGCAUGAAGAAAGGAUCAUCUCAAAACUCAUGAAUAUGAUACACACAUUGUACACUGCCAUAAAACUAUGACAACCGAAACCAUAAUUUUUAAUUUGUUACCAAUUCAAAUUACAGCUAAUGUUACAACGUAAAGCGAGAUAAUAUAAAAUACAGAGAUGAUAAAUAAAGAAAAACAAAAACAAAAAAAUGUACAUAUUUCAAAUGUCAAGAAAAAAAAAAAAAAAUUAAUAAAAAAUAAAAUAUCGAUAUAUAAAUAUAAACGAUAAAUUAAUAAAAAUAGACAACUAAUCGGCAAGAAGAAUCACUUGGUGUUUUAUGAACUUCGAAAACUGAAGUUCGGCGUAUUAUUAUAAUGAUAACAACAACCUAACAGAAAUUGGACAUAAUGAAUAGUACUGUUUUAUACAAUAUCAUUUCUGAUGGUUAGAAGAAAUAUCGACGAUAGAAUAUACUAAUUAAAAUUGGGUGAACCGCACCUACGUAUUAUUCGAUAUGGGCGACGACGAAUGGGUAAAAUCGUGAACGUAAUAUCAUGAAACAUGGACAAUCUGACGAGUGUAGUGAAAUACAACACACUCGUUAUUAUUACUUAAUCGAGAUGAAAGAGAAUAUUCCGAAAUAAAAUCAGUUAAGAAAUUCAAAUUAUAUUAUAUAUAUAUAUAUAUAUGCGUACACGCCAUACCGACGAUUAUGAAACUAUUGUUUAUAUUAUUACUAUCAUCAUUAUUGAGUCAUUAUUAUAUCUGGUGUCACGUUCGACUGGAUUUUUCUUUCAUCCCCUGAUGAUUUUUGAUACAUGUGACACUGUUGAGUAGAAAAAAAAAGACAAGUUUUGUUAUAAAAUUGUAAAUAUAUAAACAAAAUAUAUGGAAUUAUUAA